GCAGAAGACCAUGCAAGAAUCACAACCGAAAGAAUAGGUAGAGUGGGAAGAGAGAGAAAGAAAGAGAAGCUAAGGUGAGAGAAAUGCAACGGUUCAGCAACACAGUGAUCGGAUUAUUGAACUUCUUUACGCUCUUGGCAUCAAUACCCAUCAUUGGUGCGGGUCUAUGGAUGGCAAGGAGCACCACAACCUGUGAAAUUUUUUUUCAAACCCCACUUCUGGUUAUAGGUUUUGUUGUGCUUGUGAUUUCACUUGCAGGAUUCAUAGGGGCAUGCUUUCAAGUGGCUUGGGCGCUUUGGGUAUACUUGGUGGUGAUGUUUUUCCUUAUUGCUACACUAUUUGGUUUUACCGUAUUUGGCUUUGUUGUGACUGGGCAGGGAGGGGGAGUGGAAGUGCCCGGUAGGGUCUAUAAGGAGUACCGUCUUGAGGAUUAUUCACCAUGGUUGAGGAAUCGGAUCAAUGAUCCUCAUUAUUGGAGAUCCAUAAGGAGUUGCAUUUUGGGCUCUAACACUUGUUCUAAGCUUGCCUUUUGGACCCCUCUUGAUUACGUGCGGAGGGAUAUGUCUCCAAUACAGUCAGGAUGUUGUAAGCCACCAACAGGGUGCAGUUACAACAUGGAAACAAUAGUGACCCAAGAUCAAGAUUGCUACCGUUGGAACAAUGCUCCCACACUGCUGUGCUACGAUUGUGACUCUUGCAAGGCUGGUGUACUUGAAAACAUUAGAAGGGACUGGCACAAGAUCUCUGUUCUUAACAUUGUCGUGCUCGUUUUUCUCAUAGGCAUAUAUUCCAUUGGUUGUUGUGCUUUCAGAAAUGCCAGAAGGGCUCAAACUGAUUAUCCGCAUGGUGAAAACCGCAUGACCAAAGUUAAACCCAGAUGGGAUUACUAUUGUUGGAGAUGGUGGUAUCACAAGAAGGAGCAGCUUUGUUAAGUUUAGGACUCGUCAUUCUGUGUUCUUAGAUUAUUAAAAGAGGCACAAUUAAAUAAUUUCUCAAUCAAUGUUC